ACCUCCGCGGCGAGGCGUGCGCCGGGCGGGAGCCGGCGCGGCGGGGCCUGGCGGGGCGGCGGGAGCGGCGGAUUUAUGAGCUGGGAGCGGGGCCAGGCCGGGCGGCUGGAGCGGCGGCGGGCGGGGCCGGCUCAAGCACCAUGGGUGUGAUAGGUGUACAGUUGGUGGUUACCAUGGUAAUGGCCAGUGUCAUACAGAAGAUCAUACCUCACUAUUCUCUUGCUCGCUGGCUUCUCUGUAGUGGCAGUUUACGGUGGUAUCAACAUCCUACUGAAGAAGAACUACGCAUUCUUGCAGGGAAACAAAGAGGGAAGAGCAAAAAAGAUAGAAAAUAUAAUGGUCAUAUUGAAAACAAACCCCUAACCAUUCCAAAAGACAUUGAUCUUCAUCUGGAAACAAAAUCUGUGACCGAAAGAGACACUAUUGCAUUGCAUUAUUUUCCGGAAUAUCAGUGGUUGGUGGAUUUCACUGUUGCAGCUACAGUUGUGUAUGUGGUGACAGAAGUCUAUUACAGUAUUGUGAAGCCCUCCCAAGAAAUGAAUAUCAGCAUAGUGUGGUGUCUGCUUGUCUUGGCUUUUGCAGUUAAGGUACUGUUUUCGUUGACUACUCAUUAUUUCAAAGUAGAGGAUGGAGGCGAAAGAUCUGUCUGUGUCACCUUUGGUUUUUUCUUCUUCGUGAAAGCAAUGGCGAUUCUCAUUGUGACAGAAAACUAUCUAGAGUUUGGACUGGAAUCAGGAUUCUCAAAUUUCUCGGAAAGUGCUAUGCAGUUUCUUGAAAAGCAGGGUUUGGAGUCCCAGGGUCCUGUGUCUAAACUAACCUUCAAAUUGUUCCUGGCUAUUCUGUGUUCACUUAUUGGUGCUUUUUUGACAUUCCCUGGCUUGCGACUGGCUCAAAUGCAUCUGGAUGCUCUGAAUUUAGCAACAGAAAAAAUAACACAAAUAUUGCUACAUAUAAACUUCUUGGCGCCUUUAUUUAUGGUUCUGCUGUGGGUAAAACCAAUCACUAAGGACUGCAUUAUGAACCCACCUUUGGGCAAAGAGAGCAUCCCUUUAAUGUCAGAAGAUACAUUUGACACCUUCAGGUUGUGGAUUAUAAUCCUGUUGUGUGCUUUAAGAUUGGCUAUGAUGCGUCAUCAUUUACAGGCCUAUCUGAAUUUAGCCCAGAAAAGUGUGGAUCAGAUGAAAAAGGAAGCUGGCAGAAUAAGUAUGGUUGAUUUACAGAAAAUGGUGGCUCGAGUAUUCUAUUAUCUUUGCGUAAUUGCACUGCAGUAUGUUGCACCACUGGUAAUGCUCCUUCACACAGCUUUGCUCUUGAAAACACUAGGUAAUUAUUCUUGGGGCAUCUACCCGGAACUGAAUUCUGACACUCCAGCAGAAAACAGUCUGCUUCCCAAUUCAGUUUAUUCUGAGUCUCCACCUGCUGAUGGAAAGAUGAAAGUAACUGUAGUACAAAUAACAAUGGCUUUGGGAAGCCUAAAGAAUAUUUUCACUCCUCUCCUGUUCCGGGGACUCCUGUCUUUCCUCACCUGGUGGAUUGCUGCUUGCCUCUUUUCUACAAGCCUUUUUGGGCUUUUCUAUCACCAGUACCUGACUGUGGCAUGAACAGGUCAACUGACGAAGCAAGUGUGAGGUCAAAUGCUAGAUACAAACCCAGGUACCCAAGAGGAGAUGAAGAGAAAAGAAGAAAACUAUAUAUGAAGAGAAAACAUAUCAGAAUUUUUUUUAAACACUUCCUCUGUGUUCUCAGGGUGAAUAUUCUUAUAAUGUUUAAAAUUGCAGCUGGGUUUGUUAUUUUUGUUAUCCAAAUGGUAGGUAACUUAAUUGAAUUAUAGUAUUGGGACUGACUGAUAUUAUUGUGCGGCAGGUGGUGGCGAGUGUACUGAAAAGAUAUGACCUCCGAGUAUCUUGGUUUCCAUAAAUAGCAAGCCAACCUCAAAACUUUGUGUUUUAAACAUCAACAGUCAGUGACUGAACUGUGUUAGAAGGGUACUGGUUAUAGUGGCUGCCUAUCGAUUAAAUCUUGAAACUGAGCCAUACAACAGAAGGAGAGAGGGGAUUUAAAAAAAAAUAUUCUGUUGGAUAGCUAUCGAUCACUUUUCUCCGUGAAAAAUGAAAUAAUCCAACAGGACAAAAGAAAUGCUGUAUAUUACAGUAAGGAAAGUUGUAUAAAAUUUAAAUUUAACCGGAACAGAUAUGUGGAGCUGACAGGUAUUGCUGCCUAAAUAUUUUGCAGGAAUGCUUGUGCAGUGAGAGUUAUAAAAUAUACAUUAUUUCAGUCCCUGCAGUCAUUUUGAAGUAAUGGCCAUUUGUAUUGGUGCUACUAUUGAUCCACAGAUUCCAUUUGGAUCUUUUAAAUUUCUUCUUUUCAGGUAAUAGAUAAAUUUUGUUGAAUUCACAGAAAAUAGUAGAAGAUUAGUGACACCAAUCAAACAUUUCAAAACAAAACAGUUAAAUCCUGCUGACUGAGAGUGUAUGUAUCUGUGUAAUGUACGUAUAAAUAUAUAUUAUAUAUUAAAUAUAUAAUAUAUAUGAAGUUAUAAAAUAUGGAAUCUUUAUUUUAAAUUACUGAAUGUAUCUUACAGGGCCGUGGGAGAGGGAUGUAUGUUUGUCUAGUAAUCUCAAGAUCCCUUUUGAAAUGAAAAUUAAAUUUUUUUUUUGAAAGUUCAGUUGAAAGGGCUAUUUGUUUUUGGUGCCUCUUCAAAGGUACUUAGCUAUACUAAAGAAACUCACGCUCUUUUAGAAGAAAAGAUCUACUUAAACCGUUAAUCUUGAUAUUUCUGCUCUGGCAGAUCAUCUUUUGCCACUCUAAUCUGGGUAACUUGGCCAUAUAGUAACAACUGAUAUCUCUUAGCUUCAGAAAUAGAUUUUCUGUAUAAAAAACCUGCUAUAAUAAGGAGGAGCAAAGCAUUAAUUUCACAAGCUUUGCUUAACUAGAGGGAUCGCAAAUAUAAAACCAUUACAGAACAAAGUAGAACGACAGUUUUUUCAGAUGUUUUGUAUAAUUGCAAAACAGGAAUGGGAAUUUAUAUGCAGUAGCUUUUUAAAAAAGUUAAUAUUACACUUUGCAGAGGUCAGUGGGUUUUUUAACUAAUACUAGCUGUUUUUAUGUUACUGUUCUUUUUCUCUUGAAUUUGUGUACAGCUUUGGCAUAUAAUAAGCAUUUAUAAAUGGAAACGUGUAACUGAAUAUUUAAUAUGUAGCAAACCUACCAUAUGGGAAAACAAACUGAACGAAUGCAGAAAGUCAAGAAUUUAAGCUGGUGAUAAACUGUCUUACUAUAUUGAAUGCCUUUUUAAGUUAUUUAUUAGUUUAUUAAAUUGUAUUUACUGAUAGUAGGGAAAGAUUUGUGUACACCAGGUAGUACCUACCGCAUGCAUUUUGGAUGUCUGAGAACAUAUUGCAUGGUUCUACCUGUUUCAUUGCAGUAUAGUAUUUCAGUGCUACUGGUGCUGCAAGCUUUUUUUCACACCAGCGUUUCAUAACUAAUGGGGACUAAGGCUUAACUGUGUGAACUGGCGUAAAGAAAAAUAUUUGACUUAAUAGCUUCACAUCUCAAAACAUUCCUAGGAAAUUAGAAUGACAAAAUAUGACAGGUCCAGCAAUACUGGACUCACUCGCUGUUAGUUUGAGAUGUAUCAUUACUAAUAGAAUUAAUAAGGCCAGCUUUUAAGUUAUGGUUAGGUAUCUAAUGUUUAUGUUAUGUUCAGGACAAUGAAACGAUGUAGUGCUGUUUGAUUCUGAUAGUGAACUUGGCUGAAUUAGCUCACUGUACAGGAGAACGUAACCUGUUGCAAUGUGAAGGACAGGAGUAAGCUUUGGAUACUAGAGAAGACUUCAAAAUGACGUUAAGUAACGAUUUCUGUUGGCAUAAGUAUUCUGAAAGCUCUUAAGUAAAAGUGAACUGUAGUUAUUAUAUACUGCAUUCAGCAGAGGUAAUUGUGUAGCUGAGCUUCACGGAGCUUUUGGUAAGAGCUCAUGCUGUUUUAUUCUUCAGAUGAUCGCAGUGAAAAAUAGGCACCUGGACUUUGCUGAUGUUAAGAUCAGCGCUUCUGGCCGUUGUUGUUUCAUUGUUCCACAGAACUGAAUGGUUGACCUUCUGGUCAGCAGUCUGAUCUGAGUGGGAGCUGGUCUUUCUUCGGAUCCAUUUAAUCCUUCCAUAAGUCUAGGAAGCUUAUUAAAAACUAGAAGAUAGCAAUAAAUGCCUUUUGAAUUGUGAGGUGACAAACUAGAGGGAGCAUAUUGCUGCAGUUGUGAGCAGUGCUUCCUGGAACUACCUGAUGUGCUAAAAAAAGGGGGCUUUUAAAGUAAAAUAGCAACCCUGAUAGUCCUGACUUCCAUGUAUAUGAUGUAAGCUUCAAAGGAGUAUCUGCUCGUUUCUUUAGUGAGUUCCUUUAAAACAGCAGCUGGCAAGUGUGCUUUUUUUUUUUUCCCAUGCAAUUCUUUAUCAGCACCUGGGGGAGCAGGAAAAAGCAUCUUGCAGAAAUGGAAAAGCAGGUAAAACAUGACUGAAAAGUUAGUAGUUUUUAUUCAGGAUUCUUAAACGUUUUGUCUUGCAUUUUACCUGCUACCUACUUAAUUUCUGUGAGAUUUUAGAAGGAAAGGUGCCUUUGACAAAGAAUCAAUGUUUCUUUCUUUCUUCCUGAGUUCACAUCUCUCUUUUCUCACUCCAGUAAUGUGACUUGUUAACUUGACUUCUUUUUCCUAUCCACAGCUUUUUCCCUACAUUCCCUAAACUGACUUGGCUAAAUUAGUUCAGGAUUGUACUUUUUCUUUUUUUUUUUUUUAAUUUGUUGGCUUGGUUUAAAUUAAUCUUAUUUUUGAAGGAGUAGUUCCUUUCCGUAGUACAAGUAACUUUGAAUUCCAGCUGAAAUACAAACUUGUUAACGAUUGUUUAAAUACUUGCACUUUUAUUAUGGAAGUCCCGUUAGACAAGGUGUUAAGUUAGUGAUAAAUCCAAGUCUUCCAGCAAGUUCAGGGAAGUCCAAACAUAACAUUUGGGCUAUUUCUGAGCUUAGAGAAAUUGAUUAGGAAAAGGAGAAUAGAUUCUAACAAGCCUAUGCUUCCACUUUGCAGGCAGUGUUCUCAGGCAGCAGUUGUCCUUUUUUGGUACCAUCUCAAGCUAAAGGAUUUGCCAGGUUUUGAGGUGUUUUUAGCUGCACAGUUUUUUCCUCUUCCAGAUUUCUCUUGCACAAGAAUCAACAGAUCAAGUAAUGGCAGAAAAGCAGUUAAUAGCUGUAUAACAGAACAUCCUUGUGCGUAAGGACAUGCUUUAGAAAACUGGUUUCUAUGGCAGUUGUUCUCCUUUGAGUUGUAAGUACUGCAAGAUGUGUGAGUAGAAAUGUGUGCUUACCUGGGUUGUAAAGUCAAACUUACCUACCAACACAAAUGCCACAAAGAUGCAUCAUCCCAACAAUUGGGUAGCAUAACCUCAGUGAAUGGAGUGGUUAGGGAGUACAGAAGUUUUGGCAGACUUCAAAGGAACAAUUAAAAGUUUGUACUAUGUCACAGUAACUACAGCUAACAGGUAAUAGAGGUCUUGGAUGUACCACAUAGAAGAUGUAAAUUGUCUGGUCUUCUUGCUGUUGGAAGGCUCUACAAGGUAAAAGGCCAUAUGCCUCUUCAUUCUCAAAGGCCUGUGUUUUCCUUUUGAAUGUUAGCUUGUUUCUCCAGAGAAGAUUUUGAACAGUUUUUAAAUGCUAUGCUUCAUGCUUUGCCACGUGACACGAUUUGUGCAUUUGUUUGUUAGCCACAAAACCCCCAGACUUAACCCCACGGUUCAUUUUGUCACUACGAGUUUAACUAGAAAGUUUUAGUUAAGACUGAAGAAUUAAUAAGAAGUGCAUGGAGGAAAUGGAACUACUGAAUCAGAAUGAGGCCAAAGAAAAUCAUGUGCUCUCUUGGACAAGUUUUUUAGUAUGGCUGAGCAGAACCUUAAUAGAGGAAGGCAACAGCAGGUCAGUUGUAUCCUAAAUAAAAUACAAAAUGUGAAUUUUUACCAUUAUGAGUAAACAAGACUGUUAUUUUCAGCAUCUGCAGCCUAAGUCCUAAAUCUCAAAUGGUAAAUUAAGAGCAAUAUUUUGACCUCUCUGAUAUUACUCUAAAGAGCAUCUAGGCAACAAGUAUUGAAGCAAAAUGUCAAAUCUAGUUAAGUAAGCUGAUGCAGAGUAGUCAGUCUGUGCUUCAGCGUGAUUUUUGUGCAACUUCUUCUUUAGGAAGGUCUGCCAUGCUUUGUGGCUUUGGCAGAGCACGCACUGACUGAGAUGGAUGGCAUGUUUGAUCUUCACUUGUAGUGCUAGACUGAAAGGUCUUCCUCCUCUGUGGGUGAGAUCAUGAGGCCAAGAUGUUAUUUCAAGGCUGCUUUUACUGACAUCUGUAUAUGCUGCGUUUAACUUUUUCCAGUCUCUCACUGUGGACUGAUGGGAGAGUAAUACUGCACUGGACAUUGUUUUGUAUGCCAGUGUGUAUGUAUUUUUCUAACUUUGAUUUCAAUGGCAUUUUAAAUGGUAAUUAUUUUUAAUCUUGAUACCAUGGAUCAUCUUUGCAUUUUUUAAUACCAGUGCCUGCAACUAGAGGUCAAAUACUUCUGCACUACAUUUUUUUUUUAACUUGAUGUCCAGACUGAAGUAUUAACAAAUGCAGUUUUAUACUGAAGUGUGAAAUCCACCUGUAAAUACCAAACUUUUUCCAUGUGUGAUCACACAUCAGUCAAGAGUUCUUACUUGGAUUUGCAGGAUUUCUCUCAACAACAUGCUAUCUAUAUGACUCUGCUAUUUAUAAAACAAACACCUCAGUAGGGUUUUGAGAGUAGCUUUUUACAAACUCCUUAGUAGUAGGCCAUUUCUGUUUGUUUUAUGAUGCUGCUAAGUAUUUCUUAAAACCUGGCUUAAAAUAUCUUCUGUUUAAAGUGAACCUUGUUCUCUUUUCCUCUGUUCAUUGUAACUGCUUCCUGUAUAUGUUCUAAGCUUUGAGAAUGCGUAUUUAUAGUAUUUUUGAUAAAGACCUAGGACAAUGAAAAAUGCACCAGGAAUUUUAUUUUUAAGUACAGUUCAUACACGUGUCAUGAUGUGCCAACAAACAGUUUUUCUUCUCUUCAAUGAUUCCUUUGUCCCGUUGAUAACGAUCUUGCACAUUUUCAGUAUGUAAAGUUUUCUAGGAGGAAUACAUGUGGGGAAAUACUCUGUAAUAGCAAUCACAGGGAACUGUCUAAUGUGUCAGUCUUCCCAUUUAUGUGAGCAAAUAUUAGUGUAAAGAUGCUAUUAAAUAAUUUAAGACUAAAAUUUCUCAUAAGGUAGACUUGUUACGAAUUGCACAGGGAAUAUCUGCCAAGUUGUAAAUAUUUUAUUUUAAAUAUGUCUCUGAUGCUGGGAACACACAUGAAUUCAGUGUUGUUGUUCUGUUAAUAGUCUUUUUUUUUUUUUUUGUCUUCUUAAGUGAAAAGCACAUAGUACUUCCUACUCUAGAACAAACCCAAGAAGAACAGACUUCCCUCCCUUCAUUUCAGUAUUUGCCAAAUUGGAAAACCUCCGAUGUUAUUUAUGUAAUGUCUAACUUCAUCUUAUUGCUAAAUUACUGCAGAAAGACAAUUUUUAUAGUUACAGCUUUACAAAUAUUAAGACCAUCAUGCUUCACAGUGAGGACGGUGUCAAAUGGUUGUCACGUGAUAUUGACCUGUCCUGACUGGUAUUGCAUUGCAGGCUGUUCCAAAACAAAUUGUCUCGUUUGCUUUAUGCUUUAGAGGUUCAUGGGGAUCUGUGAAUAGGAGAUUUGGGGAUUUGCUCUAUUUUGGGUUGAGGUUUUGUGGGCGUUUGUUGGUUGGUUUUGGGGUGGUGUGUUUGUUUGGUUUUGUUGUUUAUUUUUUUAGUCUGUAUGGAUAAUACUUAGGUACAAUUACUACAAAUAAUAAACAACCUACAGCUACAUUGCAUUCUUUUUGUACACUGUAGACUAAAGUGCCUCAACGUGGGUGGUCUCUACAAGACAUGCUUAAAAUUUCUUGCGUACUUACUUUGUACUUACGUUGCUACAUAAUAGCAGGUUAACUUUUGGAAAGGAGCUGCAAAGACUGCUAGCCCUUAAAAUGGGCCUUGCUGUGAAAUCGUUGUUUCCUUGCAGUUUUUGGCAUAUAGAGUGUCCAUGUGCAUUUAGGGUUAUUACACAUUGGAGGCAAAUAAGAUUUUGAAGAAAUCUUUUCCAUUCCUGUUAGAUAAUCAUUGAAGUAAUAGCUUUGCCUACUACCUGACUGGUAGUAUAACACUCCACUGCCAUCUGUGCAUUCAGUUUUCUUUUUUUUUUUUUUUUUUAUGACUGAGGGAGAGGACAUACACAAUUCUGAACAGGUUGACUUUAACGAAGUUUUAUAGUGUCACCUUGGGUGUUGGUUUUUCCCAGCUGUGCAGGCACAUGGUGACUUCAAUGACUUCAGCCAGGUAAGUGAUUCUGCUUGAGGCUGCACUGAAGUUCACCACAUCCACAUGGAUGUGGGGCACAAAGAGUAUGAAAGAGCUGGAUUGUAACAUGGCUGGCUGGCCUUCUGGCAAAGCGGCUGCACAAAAAGAAAGGCGCAAGUUACACCUUCUGAUUUUUUUUAGAAUGCUGUUAGGGUAUUGAAUAGCAAAACCACGCUUACCUAUUCAGCUACUUCCCCACCUCCAAGAAUGGCAAGAACUGAAGGUGAAACCUGCCUGGUCUGGUCCAGUGGGGAAGUUAAAACUGAGGAAGCAGCAAGGUGCCUACUCAUGAGUUCAUUAUGCAUUCUAAAUAUGAAGUGCUUGUAAGUUGAGAUGGUGUUGCUGAUUCAAAUCCACCAAAGGAAGCCCUCCUCAGAGGAAGGCUUGCAAAAGCAUUUUGAGCUUUUAGCUCUAAAAAGUGGCUGUAGCAAUCUGUACUGUCUGUAGUACACUGUUGGGGAAAGUACUUGCUCCAGUAAGCUUACUGAACAUUUCCUUACACUAUGUGUAAGAAAUUACAUUGCUUUUUUUACUGUAGAGCAUUUAAGAAGCUGAUUUUGUCUUGCUUAAUGUUACCAUGUAUCGAGCAGCAUUUUAUUAAUGUGAAAAUAGUAGGAAUUGGUUUGUUGUCUAGGCGACUAAAUUCCUUUAACUUCAGUAAAUUUUGCAGAGUGAGGCAGGAUUAUAUUUUCUUAUUGCCCAUUCGUUCUGUUGAAAUGUUAUAAUUGUUUUUAUAAUGCAUCCAGUGCUAAAACUAAAUUUAUAUUUAUUAGUUGCUGAUGGUAAUACCCCAGCAAAUCUAAGAGAAACUGUGAUAUCUGCUGUAUAGCAACUGCCCCAUCAACUUGCUUGCCUUUGUAAAGUGUUUAUCCAUGUUAGACACUUAAUGUCUACUGCAAGUGAUGCUUAUAUAGUAUUUUAGUACCCUACAUGUACUCUGCAUGCCUUGCAUUUAUGCACUGUAAAAGGAUAGACUGUUUUACAGUACUUGCUCUAGGUUUAAAAACAGCUAGCAUUAUUUUAUAUAGUAUUUCCCAUAUCCAAGAUAGGAUGGUUUCUAAAGCCAAAGAUCAAUAAAUGCUUGUUGUCUAUCAGUGUGAUCUUUUUAUUCCUAUUUUUUUAAUGAUACGUCCCACUUACCAGCUUGUGCAAAAUCUCCAUGUUCGCCAAAAAGCUUGUGGUAGCCAGACUUUUUCUCAGUUUCUGUGCUAGCCGCAGUUGUAUGUCUUCUUUAGAAAGAAUUGAGUAGACCAUUUAUCCCCUCCCUGCUUGGGGUGAGGCAGAAUAAACAAUUUUCUAGUAUAAAUGCAGAUAGUGUCUUAGUCAUAUGAAUAGUAGUUUAUCCACAAAGAACCACUUACAGAUUGUAUAUAAAUGUUUUAAUUUCUAAGUGUUUCAGAAUUAAAAUUUGGGAACAAUUUAACUCCCUGGGAAAAAGAUUGACUGUACGUCAUGGUAAGCGGAGGAAAUGUUGAGUUUCCUAGUACAGACAUAGGAUUUAUCAUCUUCUUGACUGUCACCCUUCCUGACAGGAAAUCACUUUAAAACAGAUUAUAUUUGCUGUCUUAAAAAAAAGAGAAGUAAUGUGUUUGAAAACCCAUUGCGUGGUCCUUUCUAUUUGUUUCAUCCUAACAGCACUACGAAGGAAUAUACUUAAAGUAAUAACAUUAUGUAACCCCUUUUUUUUUUUUUUUUUGGUUUUGUUUUUUAAAUUUCAUUCUUGGAAUAUCAUGUUCAGUUACGCAUGGAUUUUCUUUCCAUUCAUGCAACACAUACAGAUACAUGAUGCCAGAUCUGCUCAGGUAGUUCUGCAGCAGUAAAAAAAAAAAAAAAUUUAAAAAAAAAAUAAAUUGAGGAAACAGCCUCCUUUAACUCACAACCACAGUGCUGCCAGAGACCCCUUUGAUUAUAAAGGACAGUCCUGUUACAGAGGGGAAAAAGGCCUCCACAGGCAUCUCCCCCAGGAAGAGCCAGUCUUUAUUUUGGGGAUCAGGAUUUCAAAGUGCAAGGCAUUUGAGCUGUGGGACCUCCACCUGAAAGUGGUCAGCCUGUCUCAGAUAAUAGGAUGAGGUUAAAGUCACUGUUAGGAGGAAGGUGGUGAGCUGUGGUGGGAGAUUUGUUUGUCUCGGAAGCCAUCUCAGCCUUCUGCUUUCUCCAUGCAACCUGAAGCUUGAGACUGCCUCGAGAGUCUACAGUCCCCAGGACUUUGCAGUAGAAUAGCUGUUUAACCCGGUGUGUGCUCACAGCUUAUAUAUUCCGUGCUUAUGCUUUGGGUAACGUGUUGAUGCUGGUUCGCUGCUCCAAGUUAAUCAAUGGGUGCUGACGUAGUGUAGGCGCUUCUCAAGAUUUUUUUCUAGGCUGGGUGUCUGUGCCCUGCAAAAUUUGUUACAGCCUUCAAAAGGACUUUGGCUGGAGCUGUACCAAACAAUCAGGUUACUUGCACUGUUGAUUCGACUGCACCUUUUCUACCUGUGAAGUGGUCAAGUGCUGCAGAGCUCAGACAAUCCAGCAGUUGCCUGGAAAAAGCGUCCAUCCCUCUGCUAGCCACAGCACUGGCUGCCACGAAGGUGCAUGCUCUGCUCCUCCAGCUUUUCAUACUCAUCAGCUCUGCAGCAAGAAGCUGCUGUGAAAGCCUUGGCAGCGUGCUCCUGGGAUGGAAGCAAGCCUUUGAUUUCAAGGGUUGUAUGACGUCUUGCUUUUAAACCCACCAGGUUCGCACUGCAAAAAGCCCCACUGAUUUAAAAGGUGUUCCGUGAGGAAAACUGGCACAGCUGACCUCCGCUGUCAAGUGCGAGCGUGGGUCAUCAGUGUAAGAGCCUAGGGACUAUUGAACUUCUUGAAAUGUUAAGUUUUAGCAGAGUUUGUUCUGUGGUAGAGCCUGGCAGCUCCAGCCAAGAGGGCAAGCAUUGGGUACCUGUACAGUGCUAGCUGGUCUGGACAGGGCUGAGAAAAUAGUGAAGAUGUUGCUGUUUUGAUUCAGAUUUUAUGAAGAAUUUUCAAAGAAGGCAUAAGACAGUUGUUGCUUGCCUGCUUAGUAGGCAGGCUGUUAAUGGGUGAACUGCAAAACGGAUGCAGCAGCGACUGGGAGAUCACUCCUUUGGAGGAAUAUUCGGUUUCCCUCUAAAUCUAUGUUACAAAGUAGAACAUAAUUUGUUACAUUUGUUCUGGAGUCAAUCCUGCAAUAUUUUAUGCUUCUUGCAAUAUCUGAGUGUUUUAAGACCUCACUGGAACACUGCUUCUUGUGGAUUAGCAUUUUGCUUUCCUGGGGUGCAGCCCUGAUGGGUCCGGGGGAGAGGCAGCUUCCCAGUCUGUGCAGUGUGGAGCCGCUUUGUAAUUCUGUCUCCCUUAAAAGCUGAAAGGAGAAUAAAGCGUCCUUAUGUCAGAGUUAUGAGAUGCACAAGCUUACAGCGAUUCUGGAUACCAACCCAUGACUGUGUUCUUCCUGCCUGUCAGAUCUGAAAGCAAUUUUUCAAUGAGCGUAGAACUUGCGUGAUUUCCCGAAAUGCUCAUUUUUAUAGGUGUAUGCUGUUGGGUAUAGUGUGGAGCAGCUGUGCGUAUGUCAGAAACUAAAAGAAUAUGGGCUGUUAGUUGGUGUUGGAUGUGUCUGAGCUUUUUAGGUUCAUGGGUGUCUGCUUUGCUUCCCGUUCCUUUGGGUUAUAUUUGCAAUAGGACAUACCUGCAAUUUUUGGUCCUGAAAUCCAGUUUUUUUCAUUGCAUGUAUGCAUGUGUUGGUAUCAGCCUGAUGAGAAGAGUAAAAUAUACAAUCUUAAGUCCAAACAUCUGCAUCUUGUCUGGAUUUCCAGUUCCCCUGUACUCUUGUUUGUUCACAGAGUGGGAUUAAGCUGUUACUGGCAUCUCCCGGGCAGCACGAGCUCACCAAAGUGGGAAGGGGGAUGUAGGGGGUGGGUGGCCACAGCAGAGUUGUAUAGCAAGGAAUCUGGGCUGCAAAUCACGGUGCAAAGGAUACAGAAAGCAGUUGAUCUGGACAGGGAUUUGUUGGCCACAGGAAAGCACAACGUGGUGGUUCGAUACGUGCUGGUAAAAAACAUCUGGGAGGCGGGAGGGGAUGUGACUCAGAUUAAAAACCAAAAGGGGCGAGUUGGAGACUGUUGUGUCAUGCAGGGUGAGCAGGAUCGGUGCUGUAACACUGCGGGGUGAGGUGGCUUCUGCUGCUGGUUUUCGUGUGAGUACCUGGGAAAGCUGAGGAGGUUUUAAGGGCUGGAAAAAUGACUUACCGUGAGAAAUGUAAAAAGCACUCUGCGGAGUAUCAAGGGAAGAUUCCAAGGUUAAAGUACCUUAAUGUGGAGUAAAAGCUGCAUAGAGAAUGUCUCUAAUCUUAGAGGAAGACAGGGCAGGAACCAGGGACUGGGACCUGACACUGGGCAGAUUGCAAUAGUGGAAAAUGAGGUUUUAACAGAGGGAGUCACUAAUUACAUUGCUGCCUGGAGCGGCGAAUUCUCCACUGGGUUGUCUUCAGACAUCCUCUCUAUGAGGUAUUACAGGUGAGCAAGAACUGCUCUCAAUACAUGGUUAAUCAACAAAAAGUGAAGGAACCAGGGAGCAAACACCUAAACUGCUGUUUAAUUCAGUUUUGUCCUAAAGAUGGGAAUUUUGGAACUUUUGGACUGGCACUGCUGUGGCUGGAUUGCCACAUGACUUAGGAGGAAACGCACAGACUGAAUUUCUUAAACGCGGACUAUGUGUAUCUGUUUUUUAUAUUGCAGAGGUUUUAAUGCCUUUGAAAAGUUCCAAGUGAUGACAGCUUUUAAAAUACGGUUUUGCUGAUAUCUAGAAAAAAGGUGAUUUUGAAAAUAAAGAAAUGUAAAGUGAUGAAAUAGGAAUGUUACGUUCUGUCUGUCUAGGGGCAUAAUGAUAUCUCAGAAAAGAAAACUUUCUCUGGAAAUUAUGUUUUCUAAAAGGUGACAAAUUGAACAUGUCAAGAGUGGAGUGAGAGCAUUACUCUUACAAAGUUAGAAGCACAAGUCUUCAGCACUUGAACUUUUUGUUCUGGUGCUACAAUUUUAUGAUUUUUAUUUUGCAUCUAACAAUAGAGCAGAUGAGUUCCUUAGGUCAGCAGCUAGAUGAGAGAUCAACAACUGGCACUGAGCCUCUGGCUCACGUUUUGGCUUUCCAGGCGGCAGCAGCCAUUAGCAGGUUUGCUGUUGCACAUGCUGGCUUCACACCUGAGCUGGCAAUUUGAGGUUCCACUUCUCUUAAAUGUCUGGAGGCAAGAACCAUUUUGUUCCUUUCCUCCAUAUAUGGUUAUCAUUAUUACUAAAAUUUUGGUGGCUCUUGUAUUGAGACUGUUGUGUUGCUGUCAAGAAAUUUUACUUUGGAGACCCCCUCCCCCUGUAACACCACCUUUUCAUCAGAACCUUGCUUGGGAAAUGGAUGCCUGAUGAUGGUAGUUAGGCAAUCUAUCGCAGUUGCUUUAGGAUGUUUCAGUAGGAAUUCAGGGGUUCCUUGUGUGUCACUGAAGCCUUCGUAAGCUGGGUGGGAGACUUUCUCCCUUAGUAGCAUUUAUGUUCUGUUAAUUUUUCUUGUGUAUAUUGCUUGUUCACGUUUUGGUUGUCACAUGGAGCCUGCUCUCUCAAGCUCGGUUUUUACCUGAGGGGUGCUGUUUGUGGCAGAGCAGCGGGCGGCCACUGUGUCCCCACCUGGGCAUUUCACCCUUGGCCAGCCCAGCACACUCUUACCAUCUCUCUGCAUCCCGUACUCGUGUUGCUUCCUCACCCGUGAAGAGGGACACCAGACACACUUCCCCGUGUUAUCUAGUUACAAAUUUAGCCAAUUAUCACUCACCCUUUAUCCUUUAUAUACUUGUACCGAGUGCUACUGUGUUCCUAGUCUUUUUUUUCCUCCCACCCUUGACUUUCAUCCCUCCCAGGGGAUCACCUCCCAGGUGUUAAUAAGACAGCCCUAUUAAUAUAUUUCACAAUAAACUCUGUCUUUUCUUUUGCAACAGCUUUGCAACACUGAUUCGUACCUUUAUGUUUCCUAAUUCCCAGAAUCUUUUAUGCAGUACUUCUGCAAGGCGAUUAUUUCCUGGUUUUGUAUAUAUGCUUUUUACUUCUCUAGUAAGUAUAGUACCUGGCACUUUGUUGUGUUUCUUUUUUUUUUUUUAAAUACUUUGGAGAAAUGGUCUAAAAUAACUAUCAAAGUUACUUUAAAUUCGCAGAUCGUCACUUGAGUCCAUUAGAUUUAUCAUGUGUUUUCUGUGCAAGCAUACUAAGAUCAUACAAUUGCAGAAUAGUUUGGGUUGGAAGGAGCCUUUAAAGGUCAUCUAGUCCAACCCCCAAGACGGUAAGGAAAAUAUUGAAGCGUAUUGUCUUCCUAGGAGUGCGCAUGCACAUGUACUAUAUGUAUGUGGUUUUAUACACAAACACCUCCCACCCUGUUAUAUAUUCCCUGUCUAACAGUGAGAUGCUUAAGGCAGUUCUUCUGUGUCAUAUCCCAGGUGGCAAGUAUGUGCUUCGUGCUCCUAAUCCAUAUAUUCUACUCUGCUUAUGAAAAUUUCCUUCUCGAAAUUGCCUCAAAGACCUUAAUAAAGGCAAGACAGAUACCAUCUCUUACUUUCCCCUUCCAUGCCAAGCCAGUUGUGUGAAAGAAGGAAAUUAUGUUGAUUUGACAUGAUCUGUCCUUGGCAGAUCUGUGUUAGCUUUCAUUAUCGCUUCACCCUCUCAGGGUUUACAAGUUGAUUAGGAAUCUGUUAGGGGGUUUUGUUUGGGUAUUGAAGGUAGGUUAGGUGGUUUAAGACCCACCAUACUUUCUGUAGGUGGACAUUGUAUUUCCCUGUCUUCAGCCCCAUGAAACUUCUUGUCCUCCACAAGCUUUUUGGGGCAGGUCAGUAAUUGUGUGGUGAGAGUCUUGGCCAGUACCAAAAUACUCCAGUGAGCUUCCUCAAGCACUCCUGAUUACAUGCAUCUAACUUAGUAUUUGGUAGUCUUUCAGUAUCCUGGCUGCCAUCAGGAAAAGAAGGAACAUUCCAGCAGCAAAAAAAAUUUAAUUUCCCUAUUAAGUAAUAGACAGCUAUUAAUUUUCCUUCUUAUUUCCGUUGUCCUUGAGAUGUUCUCACCUUUCUUUGUUUUGUCCCUGUCUGCCUGCUUUAGAUUGUUUUAUGCUUCUUCCUACUUGUGUGCUGUUUGGCUGUUUUUGUUCUGAGUUUGGUUAUGAAAGAAAUCCAGCAUUCUUCUUGCUCUGGUUCCUUUUGUCCUUCCACAGUACCGUUAUUUAUCAUUUCUCCUUACUCCCGCUAGAGAAGUCACUUUUCUUACACAUCUUAGAGAAUGAGCUGUUGCAAGAGUUGAAACAUACUCAGGUCACCUUGCAGCAUGUAUUUAGCCUUUUGGGAAAGCAUAUAAAGUCCAGCUCUGCUGCCUUUUUGUAAAAAAAGUCCAUCCUCUGUCAGCUCCACAAGUUCCUGAUGUUUGCAUCUAUACAAAACAAAAUUACCCAAAACUCACAGAAAAAGAACUCAUAUUACAGAAUUAAUAGUUGCUUUCAGUUUAGCAGAUUUUGAUUAAUACAAUGCUUUCCAUCUGUGUUCUCUUAACUUCCCAGUCAACACAGCAAAACUUGCACGUAUUUUUUUCUCAAUCACAGAGCUUUAGCCAAGACGGAAGCAGCCUUCUGUGGAAGGCAUUAAAUAGAAAUAAAUAUGCCCGAAGCAGCUGUUGACGUCUGUGAUGCUGUGCUGUUUAACAUAAGUCUGCUCUUCAACCGGGCGGGAAGAAGUGCCCUGAAAGUUGGCUUAUUUGCUUAAGGGGAUUUAGCAGUAUUUCUGCUUUUUAACAAGCAAAUGAGGUUGUACUAACAUCACUCCAAAAUACUAAGUUUUGAAGUGGUCAGGGCUUGUGCUACUUAUAUGAAAUAUCUUUCUCAAUGUUUUAGUUCGUCUCUACAAUCCUGUUUUUACUUCCAUCUUCUGUUUCUUUUGAUUCAAUUGCAUAAAA